UAAUACUACGAGCUCAAGAACUUAAAUUGACAAUAUCCAAUUACUCGUAAUAAACAAUGUUGGUGAUCGUAGUUUGUGACGUAUGAAUGUAUGAUUGUAGAAUCCACUUUCUCUCUCGCUCACAGUCACCAGAAAUCUGAAACAUCCGACAGCCAUGGCCGAUCAAUCCUCAUCUUCAUCCUCUGAUCCCACCGAAACACACCACCAUGAUCAAACCCUCAUCCCAGCCCUCUCAAACGACGUCGCAUUGCAGUGCCUAGCUCGAAUUCCUCGCUUCCACCACCCUUUGCUCUCUCUUGUCAGCAAAUCAUGGCGCUCUGCUCUCCAAUCUCCUCUCUUCCACGCAACUCGCCUUGCACUCAACACCACUCAAUCAUUCCUCUUCCUCAACCUCCGCCUUUUCAACCCCAAAGAUUCCUCGUUUUCCUUCAAAUGGUACUCUCUACAACCUUGUACAUUAGAUCCCCAAAUUACCCUCAUUCCAAGAAUCCUAAUCCCAAUGAAUUCCUCCCCGUGUCACCUAAUUGGGGCUUCUUUCGUCUCAAUAGGUCGACAUUUGUAUGUAAUUGGUGGAUCAGUCAAUGAUAUCCCUUCCCCUAAUAUGUGGGUUUUUGAUUGCUUGACCAAUAAGUGGGAAAUGGGUCCAAAAAUGAGGGUUGGUAGGGAGUUUGCUGCUUCUGGGGUGAUUAAUGGCAAAAUUUAUGUGUUGGGGGGUUGUGUUGUGGACAAUUGGGCUAGGUCUAUCAACUGGGCUGAGAUGUUUGAUCCGGUUACCGGGUCAUGGAGGGCGAUCCCAAGCCCGAUUGAGGUCAGGGAGAAGUGGAUGCAUGCUAGUGCAGUGGUGGGAGGAAGGAUUUAUGCAAUGGCUGAUAGGAGUGGGGUGAUUUUUGACCCAGAGUUGGGGGAGUGGAGUUCAGUGUCAACCGAGCUUGAUAUGGGGUGGAGAGGGCGGGCGGCGGUUGUGGACGAGGUAUUGUAUUGUUAUGAUUAUUUGGGGAAGAUAAGAGGGUUUGAUGUUGGGGAGAAUGAGUGGAAAGAGUUGAAAGGGGUAGAUAAGCAUUUACCCAAGUUCUUGUGUGGUGCAACUAUGGCUAAUGUAGGUGGGAGGUUGUUUGUUGUGUGGGAAGGCAAAGGGAAAGGGAAGGCAAAUAUAGAGGUUCUUUGUGCUGAGAUUUUGGUUAGGAAGAAUGAAUCAGGGGAAUUAUGGGGAUCGAUUGUGUGGUCUGAUGUGAUCAUUCUUAUUCCCAAAGGUUCCUCUAUUGUGCAUUGCUUGGAUGUCCAUUUGUGAGUUUCUCUGAUACUCAACAUCUGCAUUUGAUUAGGCAUUUCAAGGUCAAAUGAAUUGAAGCAGAAGCGUCUGGCCAUGUCUGCAUUCACAUCCGAAGAAAAAAGUCCAGACCCUAUGUAAAUCUGUACGUGUUGUUGCUCUUAUUGUCUUUGCUCAAAUGAUAAACUCCCUUACGAAUAAUAUGGGGGCAGUUUGCAAUGUUAAACUAAUGUAAUCAAGAUUGUUUAAACAAAACUAUAUUCAGCAUUAAAAAUUAUAUGCUGUUAAUUGCA